AUGCUUGUGGUAGACUUCACGACAGAAAGUCUGCUUCAGUGCAACCACGACCUCCCCAUCGACUGGCAAUGCAGCUUGAACGGCUCCGACACCACACAGCCCGUUCUUGCGCAGGGUCCGUUCGCUGAAGGCUGCAUUGUAGACAAUGCCCUCCUCGGCGUCACUGGCACAGAUCACAGCACCAUUGAUCUUGCCAACGCCAAUUGCAGAUUGAAAAGCGGUCUCGAUGUCGGUCAUCUUAAGUUCUAA